CGGUUCCUGCCCCUGCCGCUGCUGCUGCUGCUGCUGCUGCUCCGCGCCCCCGAGCCCGGCUCCGCGCAGGCAGUGUGCGCGGGGACCCUGAACGGGCUGAGCGUGACCGGGGACGCGCAGCACCAGUACCGGACCCUGCAGCGGAUGUACAACAACUGCGAGGUGGUGCUGGGCAACCUGGAGAUCGUCCUCAUCGACCACACGCAGGACCUGUCCUUCCUGCAGACCAUCCGGGAGGUCACGGGGUACAUCCUCAUCGCCAUGAACGUGUUCGCGGCGCUGCCGCUGCGGAACCUGCGCGUGAUCCGCGGGACCCAGUUCUACGAGGAGCAGUUUGCGCUCUUCGUGCUGCUCAACUACAACCCCAACAGCACCCACGCGCUGCGGCAGCUCGGCCUCAACCAGCUCACGGAGAUCCUGGCGGGGGGGGUUUACAUCGAGAAGAACGCUCAGCUCUGCCACGUGGACACGGUGCAGUGGGAGGACAUCCUGAGGGACCCGCGGCGCCGGCCCAUGGUGGGCGACAACGGCAAGGCCUGCCCCCCCUGCCACGAGAGCUGCGGCGGCCACUGCUGGGGACCGGGCCCUGGGGACUGCCAGAAACUGACCAAGACGAUUUGCGCCCCCCAGUGCAACGGGCGCUGCUUCGGGCGCGCGCCCAACGAGUGCUGCCACGAGGAGUGCGCGGGGGGGUGCACGGGGCCCCUGCAGACCCACUGCUUCGCCUGCCGGCACUUCAACGACAGCGGCGCCUGCGUCCCGCUCUGCCCGCAGCCGCUCAUCUACAACAAGCUGACGUUCCAGCUGGAGCCCAACCCCGACACCAAGUACCAGUACGGGGGCAUCUGCGUCCGGAGCUGCCCCCACAACUUCGUCGUGGACCAAAGCUCCUGCGUCCGCGCCUGCCCCAACGACAAGAUGGAGGUGGAGAAGAACGGGCUCAAGAUGUGCGAGCCCUGCUCGGGGCUGUGCCCCAAGGCCUGCGAGGGCACCGGCGCCGGCAGCCGGUACCAAACCGUGGACUCGAGCAACAUCGACACCUUCAUAAACUGCACCAAGAUCCUGGGCAACCUCGAUUUCCUCAUCACCGGCCUCGAGGGGGAUCCCUGGCGCAACAUCUCAGCGCUGGACCCCGAGAAGCUGAACGUGUUCCGCACCGUGCGGGAGAUCACGGGGUACCUGAACAUCCAGUCCUGGCCCAAGCACAUGCACAACUUCAGCGUCUUCUCCAACCUCGUCACCAUCGGCGGACGGAGCCUCUACAACCGCGGUUUCUCGCUGCUGAUCAUGAAGAACGAGAACGUGACCUCGCUGGGGCUGCGCUCGCUGCGGGAGGUGAGCGCGGGCAGGGUCUACAUCACCGAGAACCGGCGGCUCUGCUACCUGCACACGGUGCAAUGGGCGGCCCUGAGCCGGCGCCGCGCAGACCUCGACAUCCGCAACAACAAACCCCGCAGCAAGUGCCAGCAAGAGGGCAAGGUCUGUGACCCGCUCUGCUCCAACGAGGGCUGCUGGGGCCCCGGCCCCGCUCAGUGCCUCUCCUGCCGCCACUUCAGCCGCCGCGGGGUCUGCGUCCCCUCCUGCCGCUUCACGCAGGGGGAAACGCGGGAGUUCGCGCAGGGGGGGGAGUGCUUCGAGUGCCACCCCCAGUGCGAGCGCAUCGAGGGCAACGUCACCUGCAACGGCUCGGGCGCCGACACCUGCACCCGCUGCGCCCGGUACCGGGACGGCCCCCACUGCGUCGAGGCCUGCCCCGACGGCGUCCUCGGGGAGCGCGGCCCCAUCUACAAGUACCCGGAUGGGGCCCGCGAGUGCCGGCCCUGCCACGAGAACUGCACCCGCGGGUGCCUGGGGCCGCUGCUGCGGGACUGCCUCGGGGAGGCUCUGCCCGUGUCCAGGAAGGCACCGACGGUGAUCGCGGUGACGGUGGUCGGGGGCCUCUUCCUCCUCUGCUCCUGCGUCCUCCUGGCGCUGCUCUACCUGCGCGGGAAGAAGAUCCAGAAGAAGAGGGCGAUGAGGCGGUACCUGGAGAGGGGCGAGAGCCUGGAGCCGCUGGACCCCAGUGAAAAAGCCAACAAGGUUCUGGCCCGCAUCUUCAAGGAGUCGGAGCUGAAGCGCCUCAAGGUGCUGGGCUCCGGCGUGUUCGGCACCGUGCACAAGGGCAUCUGGAUCCCUGAUGGCGACUCCAUCAAGAUCCCGGUGAGCAUCAAGGUGAUCCAGGACUGGAGCGGGCAGCAGUCCUUCCACGCCGUCACCGACCACAUGCUGGCCAUCGGCAGCCUGGACCAUGCCUACAUCGUGCGGCUGCUGGGGCUGUGCCCGGGCCCGCGCCUGCAGCUCGUGACGCAGCUCCUGCCGCUGGGCUCCCUGCUCGAGUACGUGCGCAAGCACCGGGGCAGCCUCAGCCCCCAGCUGCUGCUCAACUGGUGCGUGCAGGUGGCCAAGGGGAUGUAUUACCUGGAGGAGCAUCGCAUGGUUCACCGCAACCUGGCCGCCCGCAACGUCCUGCUCAAGUCCCCCAGCCAGGCCCAAGUGGCCGAUUUCGGCAUCGCCGACCUGCUCUACCCCGACGACAAGAAGUAUUUCUACAAUGAGGUCAAGACCCCCAUUAAAUGGAUGGCUCUGGAGAGCAUCCACUUUGGCAAGUACACGCACCAGAGCGACGUCUGGAGCUACGGGGUGACGCUGUGGGAGAUGAUGACCUUCGGUGCCGAGCCCUACGCCGGGAUCCGCCUGGCCGAGGUGCCCGAUCUGCUCGAGAAGGGCGAGCGGCUCUCGCAGCCCCACAUCUGCACCAUCGAUGUCUACAUGGUCAUGGUGAAGUGCUGGAUGAUCGAUGAGAACAUCCGCCCCACCUUCAAGGAGCUGGCGAACGAGUUCACGCGCAUGGCGCGGGACCCCCCCCGCUACCUCGUGAUCAAGGAGAGCGGGGCCGCGGAGCCGCCGGCGCUCAGCGAGAAGGAGCUGGAGGAGGCGGAGCCGCUGGGGCCGGAGGAGGAGGAGGAGGAGGAGGAGGAGGAGGAAGAGGAGAGGGGGGGGGAGCUCGGCGCCGCCUUCGGCCUCAGCUCCGGGCCCCCCCCGCAGCGCCCGCGGGGCAGCAGCGCCCGGAGCCCGAGCCUGCUCAGCCCCCCCGCCGGGUACAUCCCCAUGGACCAGCCCGGCCUCGGCCGCCAGCCCGGGGGGGGCCGCCCCCAGCGCCGCAGCCGCGGGGGGUCCCUGGGCCGGGCCCUGCCCGAGCCGGAGCCGGGGGAGGGGCCGGGGGGGGGCGGGAGCCUGCGGCGGAGCCGGCGCCCCCGGGGGGGCAGCGCGGACCCGGCCCAGCCCCGGAACCCCCCCCCGGCCGGCCCCGAUGAGGACAACAACGGCUACGUCAGCCCCGGGGGCGAUCCGGACCCCCCGGUACCGGCACCGGACGAGGAGUACGAGUACAUGAACCGGCGGCCGCGGGCGGUGUCCCUGGAGGAGCUGGGUUACGAGUACAUGGAGGUGGGUGCGGAGCCGGCCCCGCUGCGGGGACCGGACGAGGAUGAGGAUGGGGAUGAGGAGGAGGAGGAGGAAGAUUACGAGUACAUGAACAAGCAGCCCCGGCUGAGCCGCUCCCUGCGCACCUCGGGCUACACGGACAUGCGGCCGGGAGCGGGGCAGGCGGCGGCGGCGGCUCCGGUUCCUCCGGUAACGGCUCCGGACGAGCAGGGCUAUGAGGAGAUGGAGGCGGUGCUGGCCCCGCGCUGCCCCGGUUGCCGCUGCCCCCCCGCGCCCGCUCGCAAAGCGCUGCGGAGCCUCGAGGCCUCGGACUGCGCCUUCGAUAACCCCGAUUAUUGGCACAGCCGCCUCUUCGCCAAGGCGGACCCGCAGCGCACGUAGGGACCGGACCCCCCCGAUCCCCCCCCUCCUCGGGACUGUUUACAUUGGAUAUGAAGGAUCCCCGGCUUCGGGAUGCUCCC